GCCUAGUCCUACUUAAAAUCCCAUUCAUUUUUCUUUUAUUUUAUCAUCUACUCGAACUGAGGAAAACGUUUGACUAACUCAAAGACAAUUUCCGCGCCUCCCCUGCCUGUCUGCAGAGGCAGUUUUGAAUUUAGGAGCGGCAAGAUGGCAGCAGCAAACCCUGGCGGUUCUCCGGAUCUUCUCCUACAUCAUAUUCUUCGGAGACUGCUUUCACGUUUAGAACAUUGUCUUGAACACCUUCCCCUGGAUCUGGACUUUUUAGAUUUCAUUUGCACCCAGGAACUAGUUUUUCUACAAGCUUUGUCUGGUCAAGUUGAGGUUUGCCCUGUCCUCUUAGAUGCAUUAUGUAGUUUACAUACUCUGAUAAACAGAGAAAAGGAUAAAAUGAAUCUACAUAGUGCUGUCAUUCAGUUUGAGUGGGGACCUACUGGGCGCCUAAGAAUGGCUCUUUCCCCCUGUCAUCUUAACAGCCUUCUGGAACUGAACUUGUCCAUCCCAGCCAUUGCUAAAAUUUUGGGAAUGUCCAGAAGCACAGUAUUCCGACGCAUGAAUGAGUUCAAUCUUUCAGUCAAAGCACUCUAUAGCAGCCUGUCAGAUGAAGAGUUGGACCAAUGCAUUACAGACAUAAAAUCCAGGCAGCCUCACGCUGGAUACCGGAUGGUGAAAGCACUUCUUCAGGCCAGAGGACACAGAGUCCAGUACCAAAGGGUUCGAAGUUCUAUGCACCGUGUUGACACAGCUGGUGUUGUGUCAAGGAUGGUUUCCUUGGAAUGCAUUGCCCGACGUGCUUAUUCCGUCCCAGGACCACAGUCUCUAAUGCAUAUUGACACAAACCAUAAACUGAUACGAUUAUGUAUCUCGGUGCUGCUUCCAACAAUCUGGCAUCAACAACACUGGCAUUCUUCCAAAAAUCAGUCGAGAAGUUUGGUUUUCCUCUCAGGGUUCGUGGCGACCACGGAGGGGAAAAUGUGGAGGUUGCACGGCUGAUAUUUACUGUUCGUGGCACAGGAAGAGGCAGUUUCAUUUCAGGAAAGAGUGUGCACAAUCAAAGAAUAGAGCGACUGUGGAGAGACCUCUGGGUGGCCGUUACAUGCAUUUACUACGAUGUUCUUCACAACCUUGAGGAAGAGGGCCUUCUUGACAUUUCAAAUGCUGCACACCUCUUUUGCUGCCAUUACGUCUUUCUUCCUCAACUGGAGGAUGAUUUUAAUACAUUUUGCAGUGGAUGGGACAACCAUCCACUGCGAACAGAAAACAACAUGAGUCCCAACCAGCUGUGGGAGUUGGGUCACAGAUAUCACCCUGUUCCUGUUCCAGAAAACACACAGGGCUUCCAGAUUCCAGACAUUGACUGGGAGGAUAGUGGCCUAUCUUGCCAUAACCAUUCAAGCAUUGUUGUUCCGAACACUGACUGCCCAUUGACAGAAGAACAAAUGACAACUUUUCAGGGCGUUGUUAAUCCAAGAGCGGCAUCCCAGUCCUUUGGUGCUGACGUCUACAUCAUGGCUGUUCAGUUUUGUCAGCAAUUCAUUUAUAAUAGAAAAGCUACAUACAGUUGCAGGAAAAAGUUUGUGAAUCUUGUUGAAUUUCAUGGAUUUCUGCACAAUUUGGUCAUGAAAUGUAAUCUGAUCUUCAUCACGGACAUCUGGACAAUCACAGUCUGCUGUAGACUGGUCUACUAAACCAACUCAAAGAAUUUCCAUGGUGUUUUCAAUAACAUGAAAACAUAAUUGCGUGGUUUCACUUUAAGCAGUUCUGAUUAUUGUUGUGACUUUGAGAUUCCACAGGGUUCACUAAAUGUUUCAAACUAUAAACUUCGCUAUAAGUAACAAUUUUUAAGCAAAGCUUUGUAAUGUAAAUACUGAAGAAUUAGAAGAGAGGGAAAUUAUAAAUGUUGAUUCACUCAGAAAACUUCUAAAUAGAAACUGCUUGUCAGUUUGAAUGUUAUGUUGUAAAGCAAUAUUUGACUGAAGGCUGACGGUAGGAAUGUUUCAAAAUUAAAACAGCACAGUAAGUCAAUCUUGUCCUUUAUUUUGAUCAAGAUGAAAGUUUACCUUGUCACUGACAUCUUACAUGCAAGACAUUAUCUUUAACAGUUUUAAGAACUACUUAAAGGGAUUUUCAAC